AUGAAUUCUCCCACAGUCGCUUGCAUUUUAACAGAUGUGAAAAGUUUUUUUUUUUUUCAUCUAUAUAAACCAGCUUUUAUUUCCAUCAUUCUUCUUCUUUUUCUUCAUCUUCUUUAUAUUUUUCUCCUUCUUCUUCCUUUUCUUUUUCUUCUCCUUCUUCCUCUCUUUCUUCCUGUUCAUCUUCUUCUUCCACUUCUUCGUCUUCUUUCUUUUCUUCUUCUUAUUCUACUCCUCUUCUUCUUCUUCUUCUUCUUCCUCUACUUCCCCUUCUUACUCCUCCUCCUCCUCCUCUUCUUCUUCUUCUUAUUCCUCCUUUUCUUCUUCUUCCUAGCUUUUGUCUUCUUUCUCCUCCUCCUCUUCUUCUUUUUCCUCUUCAUCCUCCUCCUCCUCUUCUUCUUCUUCUUUUUCCUAGCCUUCGUCUUCUUUCUUCUCCGCCGCUUCUUCCUCUUCCUCUUCUUCUUCUUCUUUGUCGUCGUCUUCUUCUUUGUCGUCGUCGUCGUCUUCUUCUUCUUGAUGCUCUUCUUUUUCAUAAUCUUUCUCCUCCUCCUCUUCUUCUUCUUCUUCUUCUUCCUUUUCUUCUUCUUCCUAGCUUUUGUCUUCUUUCUUCUCCUCCUCUUCUUCUUUUUCCUCUUCUUCCUCUUCUUCUUCUUCUUCUUAGCCUUCGUCUUCUUUCUUCUCUGCCGCUUCUUCUUCUUCCUCUUCUUCUUCUUCUUUGUCGUCGUCGUCUUCUUCUUGUUGAUGCUCUUCUUCUUCUUCUUAAUUCCCCCAUCUUUUUUUCUACAUAUCACUUGUCGUACGGAAUCUUUCAUAACCAGCCCAUUUUUCCAUUGUUUCAUUUGUCUUUAUCUUUCUUUUUCCCGCUCUGUACCUCUGUUUCUUUUCUUCCUUAUUUCUCUUCCUUUUCUUUCUUUCUUUCUUUUUCUGUUUCCUUCUUUUAUUCCUCAUCUCCUAUUUCCACUUCUCUUUUUUCACAGUGUCUUUAUCUAUCUUUCUUUUUCCCGCUCUGUACCUCUGUUUCUUUUCCUCCUUAUUUCUCUUCCUUUUCUUUCUUUCUUUCUUUUUCUGUUUCCCUUCUUUUAUUCCUCAUCUCCUAUUUCCACUUCUCUUUUUUCACAGUGUCUUUAUCUAUCUUUCUUUUUCCCGCUCUGUACCUCUGUUUCUUUUCCUCCUUAUUUCUCUUCCUUUUCUUUUUCUUUUUUCUUUUUUCUGUUUCCUUCUUUUAUUCCUCAUCUCCUAUUUCCACUUCUCUUUUUUCACAGUGUCUUUAUCUAUCUUUCUUUUUCCCGCUCUGUACCUCUGUUUCUUUUCCUCCUUAUUUCUCUUCCUUUUCUUUCUUUCUUUCUUUCUUUUUCUGUUUCCCUUCUUUUAUUCCUCAUCUCCUAUUUCCACUUCUCUUUUUUCACAGUGUCUUUAUCUAUCUUUCUUUUUCCCGCUCUGUACCUCUGUUUCUUUUCCUCCUUAUUUCUCUUCCUUUUCUUUCUUUCUUUCUUUCUUUUUUCUGUUUCCUUCUUUUAUUCCUCAUCUCCUAUUUCCACUUCUCUUUUUUUCACAGUGUCUUUAUCUAUCUUUUCUUUUUUCCCGCUCUGUACCUCUGUUUCUUUUCCUCCUUAUUUCUUCUUUUCUUUUCUUUCUUUCUUUUUUUUCUGUUUCCUUCUUUUUAUUCCUCAUCUCCUAUUUCCACUUCUCUUUUUUCACAGUGUCUUUAUCUAUCUUUCUUUUUCCCGCUCUGUACCUCUGUUUCUUUUCCUCCUUAUUUCUCUUCCUUUUCUUCCUUUCUUUCUUUCCUCGUUUUCGGCCUCUCCCAAUCUUCCCUCUCUUUUUCUUCCUUUAUCUUUACUCAUCUCUGUCACUGUGUUUCCCUUUCUUUGUAUGAUUCUGUCUUUUUUACACUAUCUCUUUCCUUUCAUUAAUUAUACGUCCGUCCCUAUUUGCACUGAGCCAUAUUGUUAA